AUGAAAUUGCACCACAAAUCACUUUCUAAAUCUAUUCAAGCUAUAAGAAUGCUGUUACUCCUUCUUCCAUCGGUAUUUUCACUAGAAAAAUCUACUAAUAGUGAUGAGCCUGGGACAAUUAAUAUCCUUCCAUAUACAGCAUUUUUCAAUAAAAAAGCAUACCACACACCUAAAGUGCAGGAACUACCAAAGUCCUUUAUCGCUGGGUUUAAGCCUAUAGAAAAGUAUACACAGGCUCUGAAAUACUUAGAAGAUAUAGAGAAAAAGAAGAAAGGAAGAGUACGACCAUAUAUAAAUGAUGAAAUGUUUGAGCGCACGGUAAUAUCGGUGUUCUAUACAAAAGAAUACUUUUUAACUCUGCAAAGAGACUGGGAGCUAGGUAAAAAGCUACACAUAUACGAUGUAUACCUAGACAAUUUUAUAACAAUGGUAAAAAUGGCAAAUAUUCCCCACUUUGCUAAACACGAGGGGCUUUACCUCUCAAUUCGAGAUAUAAACACAAUCCUGGCCCUCUAUGAGAUUUUUUCCAUGGAUAAAUAUGUAAGAAUUCCAAUACAUAUAAAAGAAAAGUUUAAAAUGGACAUGACAAAAAGAGAGUGCUUUAAAGAAAAUCUAAGAGUACUUCUCCAGUUCAAUGAAAAUGCAAAUUCUGAAUAUCUAAAGAUUCUUAGAGAUAUUAGAUACAAAAAUAGACAUGUCCUGAUGGCAGAAGUUCCUCCCCGGCGCAUUGAUAGUAAAAGCUGGAUAAAAUGGUUACUAAGAAGAGAAGUUAACUUAGAUGUAUUUUGGUAUUUGUUUUCUACACUAUGUAAUACUGUAAAGGACAAUAAUCUAAAGAAGAUUGUGACAUAUGUAAAGGAAACUUCUGUUCUGGGUAAAAAAGGCAUCCAGCUAUUUUUUAGCAACAAAAAAGCACCAAACACAGAUUAUGUUGGACUUUCAUACUAUCUACUAUAUAAUAACCAGCUAAAAGUUAAAAACAUUGAAGUGGUUAUACAAGAGGAUCUAGAGAUUCCAGAAUUGCAGUUCAGUUCGGUUAUGGAGGUGUUCCAGCUGGUUCGAGUGGUUUAUAUGCGAUCUUUAGGUAACUUUAAAAGAAUUCAGAACAACCUGUCUCUUGUUAACAUAGUCUUAGACAUAGAAAAAAAACGGUCUGAAAGAAGAAUGAAGCCAAUUAUGUCUGGGUUUGUUAUAUAUGAUUAUAAUUCACUAAAUGAAUUUGGAAAGAAGCAGAUACUUGCGAUGAACUUUACUGAAGUUGGGUUUAUGACGGAGCUAUAUCGAGAUCGAGUCUGUGUAGACAAAUCCCAUCCCUGCCUCUUUAGGCUGAACCAUAGGAGCCCAAAUUUCUUGGGAAAGUUUUCUAUUUCAGUACCAAACGCUGCCAAUAUAGAAACACUGGUGUCACCAUAUGACUACGUAUUUGAGGAACUGAACUUAGAAAAACUAUAUAAUCUUAGUGAUCUAAAAAUUUCUCUGCCAGAAAAUGAGCUGAAAGAGCCUUAUAAGGACUCUGAACUUCCAUUAAUUGCGCGAGAAAAGAUGAAUAUUAAAACGGUCAGGCUGUAUGGAGAGAGCACCCAGCAGGAAGCGGCAUAUGUUAAUAUGUUUAAAAAAAUUCUCAAAAUUCAAAGUGUUGAGUCUAUAGAUAUAACUGAUGUUGCAAUUAUGAACUCUGAAAUUGUUUCUGCGCUUGAGUCUAAAGAUAAUCUUGUAAAGAAAAAAGUCAAACUUUUUGCAUUCACAUACUUUGACCCAGGAUUUGACAAAGCAGAGAAUGGAGGGCAGGACUUUAUUCCAACAGCAGUGACACUUGAAAAGAUUUUUAAAGCACUUCCUAACUUACAAAGAAUGGACGUAACCAUUAUGAAUGACAAAGCAGAGGGAAAGGCUCUUCUUCAAGACUUCCUUUAUCUUUUAAAGUGUAAGGGAACUAUUUACACAGAAGAGCAACUUCGAAACAUUGUAAACAUUAAGAUAAACAGUCCUCUGCUCUAUACAUCUGUGCACACCUGUGAUGAUAUAGUUGGAAUAGGACUAAGAAGACUUUUGCCAGCUGUGCGCGAGAUUUUCCGAGCACCAUUAUCAUGCCCAAAUGGAAAUUCAAGUGAUAUAGUAAAGAAAGUAGUGAUUCCAGAGUUUAUGCACUCUUUAGAUCACGUUCUUAGACCAAAUAUGUGCACUCCAGAGGCAGUGUAGUUGCCAAAUCAUAUAAUACACUACAUAUUAUUGUAAAUAAAAC